GCCGGGGGGCAUUAGCCAUCCAGUCCUCUCCCUUUCUUUUCCAGCCAUCAUACUCAAGCAGCCAGCUUAGAAGCAGACAGAGGUUAGAGAGAGAGAGGAUGGGCAACAUGGCAGCGUGCUUGGACCAACAGAGAACCACCACGGCUGUGCCGGCCGUGAGCAGCCCCAAGCAGGGGCGGCUCAUCUCCCUCAAGGUCCUCAUGAAGGCCAUCCGCGGGAUGAAGACGAAGAGGGCCGGCGGCGGCAGCGGCAGGGCCAAGAUAGAUGGCAAAUCGCUGUCGUCGUCGUCGUCGUUGUCGUCAACAACGGCAGCAGCAGCAGCAGAAGAUGGAUCAAAAGGAGGAGGAUGGGUGGAGGAGAAGAGCAAGGUGGCGGUCUCCAACAACCCCAAGGGCGCCGUGCUGCGGUCGAGGCUCCACGGCCGGGGCGGCGGCCUCAUCAGGAAGGGUGCCGUGCGGGUGAAGGUGGUGCUGACCAAGGAGGAGGCCGCGCGGCUGCUGUCGCUCACCGUCGGCGGCCACAAGACCGCCGCCGCGCAGAUCGUGGCCGAGAUCAAGAGGAUGGAGGCCCGCCGCGCCGCCAAUGCCGCCGCCGCCGCGUGGCGCCCGGCGCUGGCCAGCAUCCCGGAGGAGGCGUCGUAGGAUCAUAUAUAUCGGAGGCCUGACCAUGACACGGCCUAGGCAGUCGUGCGCGAUCACACCGGAGGAGAGGACGAGGAGACUUGGGUUGAGAGGCGAGGCGACGCCGCGCCGUACGGCGGCGUACGCUCCCCCACCCAUGCACGCGCCUGUAGAUCGAUCCUCGCCGCGCCGGUGUACAGUGCAGCUAGCUAGUAGUAGUAGCUUCCCUUUUCCGAAGCUUGGUUCUCCUUUUCUGUUGUGUUCUCGCCCGGACUGUUAAGUUACUCGUCUCCAUCAUCA